GACGUCGACAAGAGGAGAAGAGAGAGAGGCAUUUCGAUGGAGGAGGCGCUGAGAUCACGCGGGCUGGGGCCGGGACAGGACCCCCGCGACAUUGGGCCCGCCUACCUGGUCAACUUUGGCACACCCCAGCCGGCCUUUCGGCUGGGCGAAUUUACCAGCGCAGCCGAGUACCUCGACAUCGACUACUGCUUUGUGCCGUUGCACAUCAAUGCGCCCGCGGCCGCCUCGUCGAUGCCUGAUGAGGCAGCCCAGGCGGCCGCCGAGCCCGCCUCACAGCUGGGCAUGAACCCGUCUCGGCCCUUUAUGCUCGUCCACCUCCCCUCGGACGAUGCGGCGCAGAGGCUGGCCGAUCGAGCCACGUCCAUCCGGUCAAUCUGGGCACACUGGGUCACGGCGCCCUCGUUGGCGCAGGCCUGCGAGGCGCUGCAGCACGACCCCGGCGUCCGUUCACGCUGGACACCCUACCGCCCCGACCACAUCUCCUGGCGUGCGACCGUCUGGGCUCACUUCCGCACCCUGUUCCCUGCCGAGCAGCUCGAGCGCAUAGAGGCCUUUGCUUCCACCCUCGACUUCCUGGGGCCGAUUCGGAUGAAGGCCCCCGACAUGGAGUGGGGCUACUUUGAGGAGUGGACCAGGCCCGUGCACGUGGCUGCCACCGCAGAGGAGCUCGCCUCGUCGGCCACCUACGUCGUCGAGAAUGGCUGGUCGGGCCGCGACGAUAACGACGAUGGCGACGACGUGGCGGCGCCACGCCAGCGGCUCCUCGCCGUGCAUGUUGCGCGCAAGGUCACAGACGGCCGUGCCCGCCACUUGAUUGCAGCCAUGGACGUCAAGCAGCGCGCAUACAUUGGCAACACGACCAUGGAGGCCCACAUGAGCCUCGUCCAGGCCGUCAUGGCCCUCGCUGGGCCAGGCAAGAUUGUGUACGACCCCUUUGCAGGCACCGGCUCGCUGCUCUAUGCGGCCGCCAAGAUGGGUGCCUACGUCGUGGCGAGCGACAUUGAUGCGCGCAUGAUGAAGGGCAAGGUCAACGCCAAGGAUGGCUCGACGGGCAUCAUGCGCUCUGCGCGCCAGUAUGGCGUCCAGCACCUCGUCCUCGACUGUCUCGCCUGCGACAUGACGCAGCACCCGUGGCGCUUUGGCGGCCUCUUUGACGCCAUCGUCGCCGAUCCACCGUACGGGAUCCGUGCCGGUGCCAAGCGCCUCGGCCGGCGCGACGAGAGCAAGCAGCGCACAGAGGCGUUUCUCAUGCCCGACGGCACCUACUCGCACCAGCGGCCCGACUACGUGCCGCCGUCGAAGCCGUACCCGCUCGACGACCUAAUCGCCGACCUGCUGCGCCUCUCGGCCACGCUGCUCAAGCCCCGUGGCCGCCUCGUCUUUUGGGUGCCCACAAUGACCGAGGGCAGCAGUGGCGAGGAUACGUACCAACAGCAGCCGGUGCAGCUGCCGCCCUCGCAAGACUUUCGCCUCGUGAGCCACGCCAUGCAGGACUUUGGCACCUGGGGCAGGCGCCUCAUCACCCUCGAGAAGCUCGACGCGGAGCAGCGUGCGGCGCGGCAGCAGGGCGACGAGACGGCGGCCAUUGGCUCCUUUGAGGCGCCCAGCGGCCACAUGGCGGCGGCUGCCUCGAAGCAGGCCGAGCCGCCGCCGCAGAAAGAGCCCCUGAAGGAGGGCAAAGUCAGGGCAGACGCCGACCCAAACGAGUUCAGAAACAAGUACUUUGGCCGGAAACAGCAGACGUCGCACGCAUAG